AUGGCAAGUAGCGUGGUGAGCGCGCUUUUCGGGUCAUAUGAUCUCCGCAAUGCGAAGCAAUGGCGCGACGAAGACAUGGCGUAUCGAGAACAAGAAAUUCAAUGGCUAAAUGACGAUAUCAUCCGCGCGCAUCAAUGGCGACUAGCGGACAUUGAGCGCUUUUUACGACGUGAAAAGACGCAGAGUGAGCAUUUAGUGUGUGAAGCUCGUGCCGAACAAUUGUCCACUGUAUCAGAGCAGGCAACGCUGCUAUGUGGCUUUAUUAUUAGUGCCAUGUGUAAUGUAAGCGUGCCAGACGACGUGCACGCCUACGUAUUGUUCCUCUAUACUGUCUCAGGCACGGCAGUGUGUGUCGCCAUGCUCAUAUGUGCUGUCAUGUGUACAAAUUUGCUGCUAGCGGUGACCCGUUAUGCCGCCCACACAUUGGAGGAUAGUGUCCGGACAAUGGACAUGACACAGCUUGAAUUGGGCUCGCCAUUCAGCUCGUGGUGGCUUACAAGAUGCGAGAAGGAGCAAAUGACGGCCUACAAGUUCAUGCUUUUUGGUGUUGCCUCCUUCUUUUUUUAUUUAGGGGCGGUCACGUGGAUUCAGUUUUAUAUGUCCGCAGAAACAUCCAUUACUAUCUCCUCGCUGUCGUUUGUGGGAUUUUUGAUCUGGCAACUACGCAUCGCCAGCAAGUGGCGUUAUCUGCUCACUCCACCUACUCCAUCCACAACGGUAUCGCUGCAGCAUUCGGAAUCUCCAAUUCAUAGUGCGCACACGUCACCGAUGUCACAACCAUAUUCGUCCAGUCUUAGUACACCUUUGGCUCUGACUAUGAAAAAAACUGCGUCUGGAAUGACUGCUGGCAACCCAGAAUCAGCAAGUUUCACUACGCAAAAUUUAAAUACCGUUUUGACAUAA